AUGCAACAAACGAAAAGCAUCCAUCCAUUUUGCAUGCACAAAACAAGACCCAGAAAUCUCGUCUGGCAACAUCCCGUACUUGCAAGUUCUUCGGCCUGGCUCUGCUGCCUUCCUCUUUCAAGCCGUCCCGCUCAGUUCGACCUCACUCAGCCCCCCUCGCAGAAAUUAUACAGAAGUUUACCACCCAAGAGAAAAAACACCAUGGGAAAGAAAGGAGGCGCAGCAGCGGCGAAGGGCGGCGGCGGGAAAGGCAAAGCGGGCGCGAGCGGUUCCAAGGGGAACAAGGGUGGCAAGGACGACAUGAAGACCUGCAACCACGUCAAGGCACGUCAUAUUCUCUGCGAGAAAUACGGCAAAAUCAAUGAGGCCUAUGAGGACCUCAAGGAGCAGUACCCCGGCAAGAUUCCCCCCGGCAAGUUUGGAGAGCUUGCACGCAAGUAUUCGGAGUGCUCAUCCGCCAACUCCGGCGGUAACCUCGGAUGGUUCCCGCGUGGGAAAAUGGUAGGCGCUUUUGAGGAAAAGGCCUUCGGCACCCCACCGGGACAGGUUACGCCCCCCUUUAAGUCCACCUCGGGCUAUCACAUCGUCCUUGUUGAGGGCAGAAAGAUGUAGGCUUAGUUGUUGUUCACGUUUGCGAUUUUCCACUGUGUUUUGAACCUCAGUGUUUCGUUUUGUCAUUUAGCUGUGAGUUUGUGCGUGAUUUGUUUUCCAGUUACUGUCGUUUAAGAAUCACAAAGCGAGUUAAAAUUUGAUGCUUGCCGUCCUUGUUGACAAUUUGCA